GAAGCAUCUAUCAUUUCAAAAUCUACAAGAACAUGUAGAGCAAUUAUUAACAGAAAAUGCCAGCUCAGAAGACGGUCAAGAUCAAACUGUAGAUGGCAGACUCGGUCCUUCACCUGUGGUGCUGGAUCAUACUAGUGGCUUUGAAGGACUCCUUCUUGUUGAUGAUGAUCUGCUUGGAGUGAUUGGGCAUAGUAACUUUGGUUCUAUUAGAGCUACUACCUGUGUAUAUAAAGGUAAAUGGAUCUAUGAGGUACUGAUUUCAUCCCAAGGUCUCAUGCAGAUUGGCUGGUGCACUCUCAAUUGUCGGUUCAAUCAAGAGGAAGGAGUUGGGGACACACCAGAUUCAUAUGCUUACGAUGGGAAUCGAGUGCGCAAGUGGAAUGUGACUACAACUAACUAUGGGAAAUCUUGGGCAGCAGGAGACAUUGUCAGCUGUUUAAUAAACCUUGAUGAAGGAAACAUUUCUUUCUGUUUGUAAGUAUUGUGUUCAAUAUCU